AUGACUCAUACCUCAUCCCCAACAAUUGUGGUUAUCGGGUGCGGUGUGAUCGGCCUAUCUUCUGCUCUCUCAUUGCAGGAAUUACUUCGUGAUGAUCCAUCCAAAUCUUCUUGGCAAGUUGUCAUUGUCUCCAAAGAAUGGCCUACCUCUAUUCCUGGGGCUCCUACAUCACAUUCAAUUGAAUACAGUUCUAUGUGGGCUGGGGCCCAUGUGCGGCCCAUCCCUGCUAUCACCACGCAAUUACGGCAAGAGAGUCGUUGGUUAAAACAGACAGUCUCGAAGUUCAACAGUCUUCUCAAAGCCGGAAAUCAAAUUGGACUGACCUUGGCGCCAGCUAUUGAAGUAUUCGAGGCACCUGGGAACGAGUACAAAGCUCAAACGGCAGAGAGCUUCGAGGCUGACUCGGGACUGAAAGGAUACCGCGAAUUGACAGCAGAAGAGCUACCAAGGGGAACAACAUUCGGGUUUGAGUAUGAAUCGUACUGCAUUAACUCUCCCGUAUAUUGUGGGGACCUUUUGAGGAAGUUCAUCAUCGCGGGUGGGAAAACGAUCAACGCAACCCUCAGAAGCGUGGAUGAGGCAUCAGUUAUUACACCCAAUGUCCAAUUCGUGGUAAAUGCUUCGGGAAUUGGCUUCAAUGACUCUAAAGUAUUUCCUAUCAGAGGACAUAUCGUGUUGACGAACAGUAUUUGUUUUGACAAGACAAUCACGCGGCAGAACCUGGAUGGAACAUGGAACUUUAUUAUACCUAGGUUUUUCUCUGGAGGAACAGUGAUCGGCGGUACUAAAGAGCCACACGAUUGGCGCCAGCUGCCUGACUCUGUAACACGUCGCCGCCUCUUAGCAGGAGUAGAGGAGCUGAAACCAUAUGCACUGUCUAGUGGAUCUUCGCGCCAGCCUGAGAAGAUUUCUGUCAUCCAGGAAAUUGUCGGACGGCGUCCGGCUCGUGAGGGUGGCUUGAGACUCGAAACCGAGUUUCCCGGUAACACGUACUCUACGGAAAGCAAAAUUCCCGUAAUUCAUGCAUAUGGUGCCGGGGGCAGGGGUUUUGAAAUCAGUUGGGGGGUAGCUGAUAGGGUCGCAGAGCUGGCAAGGAGCCUCAUGUUGAAGCUUGAUCAAACCACGGGAAGGCUUGCUAGGCUAUAA